AGAAUUUCUUGGUUUGCGGAUGUGAGUCAGUUCAAAUACCUGGCCUAUAAAUUCGCAGUGCUGUUCCUUUUCAGUUAGGUUUCUGCAUCUAGACUCAAAAGUAUUUGGUACAAUGUACAGAAUGUUCUCUAUCAGUACUCUGCUCCUCCUGAUCCUUUCCUGUUGCCUCUGGGACGCAGAUGCCCGAGCCUAUAAUUCUGUUAUUGAGGUGCCAAAUGGAGGCCCUUGGGGUAUAUGGGGAAACAUUCAUCUUUGCCCCUAUGGGUAUGCCAAAGGUUUCUCAUUAAAGGUGGAACCCGGUCAAGGUAAAGGGGAUGACACAGCCUUGAAUGGAAUACGCCUAUAUUGUAAUGAUGGAACAAUAAUAGAGUCAAAAGUUGGAGCAUGGGGAGCUUGGACGGCGAUUCAAUAUUGCCCCCAAGGCAAUCUGGUCUCUUUCUCUUUGAAAAUGGAAGGACUCCAAGGGAAGGAUGACGAUACGACAGCCAAUAGCCUCCAGUGCACCUGCGAAGAUGGGACUGCACUUAUUGGGCAUGGAGGACCCUGGGGUCAGUUUGGCCCAUGGAGCCCUCGCUGCUCUCAUGGCUCCAUCUGUGGAAUCCAGACAAGGGUGGAGGAUCCCCAAGGGAAGGGUGAUGACACGUCCCUUAAUGAUGUGAAGUUCUUCUGCUGCAGCUAAACCAGAGCCAUUUCCCUACCAAGAAUUGGUCAUCUUUUCAUCAAUAUCGAGUGCUGUGAGAACCAGCAAUGGUGUACUGACUUGGGUGUUGAUCUUAUGUGCUCGCCGAUUGUUAUGUGGCCAGCUUUGUCUGUCUUUGUUAGAUGCUUUGUCAGUUAUUUCUCUUAUCUGUAAUAAUUUUCUAACCAAGAUGUCCUAGCAAUUCAUAGAGGGGGUGCAACCCUUCAGAAAUCUUAGUUUAAGCCAUUCUGAGCUUUAUAGAAAUAGUUGUGCUUGGAAACGAACUGAAAACUAUUGUAGCUAUUUCAAGACUGUUGACAAGCCUUUGAAUAAUUUGUUAGAAAAUAAUUCACUGCCCUUAAUUCAUUAAAAUGAUCAACAUCCAUUUUUUUUACAUUUUUAUGUCAACUAUGUGAAAUUUUUAGAGUAGCAAUUAAUGUUUCACAUUACUUCAUUAUGUUACUUCUGGGAGUAAUUUGUUGAUUAGGUUUUAGUUUUCAAAAAUAAUGUAAUAAGUUUUCAAAUAUAAUGUAAUAAUGAUUAAAAUAAAUUACAUUUCUUUUUAAAAUCCCUUAACAUUUUAAUAACAGCCAACACAUUUAAUUUUAACAUUAAUAACCAACACAUUUAAUUUUCUUAAUGAAUUACGUUAUAACUGUGAAGUAACAAUUUGCAUGGCUUUUGUACCCAACUUGGUUUCAAAAUGUAAAAGUGCAGCCCUACUUAGAACAAAUUAAAGUAAUCUAAGCUUAAAAUGAUGAAAGCAUGAAUCACGCUGCCUUCAAUAAUAAGCAUCUCACAACGGCAGAUAAUCUGAGACAACAUCAGAUCCAGGAGCAUUCCCAGGUUGUACACCAGAUCUAUCCAGAAAAAGGUUGAAUUCUCAGUUCCCAAAAGGUUAUAUUGCCUACAAAUUAAAAUCAUACAUAUUUUGUCUACA